UCGAACUCUCGCGAUGUCUACAGCUGUUGCACCCGCCAUAUUGUGUGGCAGUAUUUUGGUUUGAGUCGGGUAAGAGAGGAAGAAAGGAAACUUAAAAGACAGCAGUUGGGAAUAUGUGAAACGUAGUGGCGUGGAACUUCAGUUGAAUUAUGAGUAUCUUGGGGUUGAGUUGGCACGGCAAGGUGUGGUGAUUUUAGACUUACAGAUCCAGGUGAUUGGGAAGUGGUGGAGACGCCUUUCUGGUGGCCUUCUGUACUGCAGCACUUGUGAAUUAUGUCUGUCUGCUGCCAUGACCCCCUGUAAGCCACAGAACAGUAAUUGGAUACGAGGCAGGGGAAUUCUUUCCCUAUAUUGAAGAGAUGACUUAUGUGGAUCCAUCCGAAACCUGACAGGUUACAGGAGUACAUCAUUCAAGACAACCAUCUUAACUGAAGCCUAAGACAGCAGUGGUUCUUAGAAGGGGCAGAAAAUGAUGGAUGUAGGGGGUGAGUGCUGUAACCAAUAAGGCCUACAACUGCCUGCUGAGCAUUGUUCCUGCCGUAGCACCACACGAAUGGCCCAGGAAAGCCAGCAGCUUAAUUUCCAGGUUUUGAAUGACCUGCGACAGAAGUUUCCUGAGUUGCCUGAAGGAGUAGUCUCCAGAUGUAUGCGGCAGAACAAUAACAAUGUAGAUGCCUGCUGUGCUGCUCUCUCCCAAGAAAGCACAAAGUACCUCUAUGGAGAGGGAGACCUAAACUUUUCUGAAGAUUCUAGUGUUGCUGGUCUUCGUAAUCACAUGACGUCGCUGAACUUGGACUUACAGUGCCAAAAUGUUUUCCUUCCUGGAAGAGAAGGAAGUAGAAUGAAUGGAAGUAAAACACUGACUCACAGCAUUAGUGAUGGCCAUCUUCAGGGUGGUCAUUCCAGCAGUGAUCUCCUUCAACAUGAACCACAGACUGCACCAGUUUUACAGAGUUUUAAUAUUUUUGGAAUGGCAGACGCAGCUCGAACUUCUAACCCACCUCAACACCUUGGACUUCAUCUAGGUCAUAAGGGAGCAUCAGUGCCAUCCCAGCAGACUCCUAAAUUUAACCCUAUUAUGGUGACUUUAGCCCCAGGCAUUCAGACUGGCCGCAAUACUCCCACAUCUUUGCACAUUCAUGGUUGCCCCCCACCUGUUCUGAAUAGUCCACAGGGAAAUUCUUUCUACAUUAGGCCUUAUAUUGCAAGUCAUAGUGGUACAAAUCGACACGCACCGCAGCAGCAGCCAGGUUGGAUAUCACAGAUUAGUCCUGCCCUUUCACAUCAACCGGUCUACCAGCCUUCUCAGGCAACAAAUACAUGGAACCUUCCUUCUUAUUUUCCUCCACAUACCUCAUCACAAACAGCAACACAGACAAGCCAGCAGGGUCACCAAACGUCUCAUGUGUACAUGCCUAUCAGCUCUCCUACUACUCCUCAAGCACCUUUAAUUCAAUCAUCUAGUAUGCAACAAUCUUCUCAAGGCCAGUAUAAUGUUCAGAAUAUCUUGUCCGGGCCUCACAAAAACCAAAUAGAAAUUAAACUUGAACCUCCUCAGAGAAACAACUCACCAAUGUUGCGUUCAUCAGGUCCUCGUACAUCUACUGCUCCUUCUCUCAGCAGUCAGUCAGUAAGUAGAAACCAGCCUACUGUUUACAUUGCUGCCAGUCCACCAAAUGAUGAAGUCACACGAAGCCAACCUAAAGUCUAUAUUUCAACUAAUCCACAAACUGGUGAUGAUGCUGUUGUGAGAAACCAGCCUACUUUGUAUAUAUCAACAAAUUCAGGGUCAACAGCUUCUAGAAAUGUUUCAGGACAAGUCAGCAUGGGCCCAGCUUUUAUUCACCACCACCCACCCAAAAAUCGUAUAGUGGGGAACAGUACUGCAGCUUCACCCAGAGUUGUGGUUACUCAGCCCAAUACCAAAUAUACUUUUAAAAUUACAGUGUCGCCAAAUAAACCCCCUUCUGUUUCACCUGGUGUGGUGUCCCCAACCUUUGAACCCACUAAUCUGCUAAAUCUACCAGAUCAUUGUACAGAAGCAGAGGGCAUCCAGCAUCUGGCAGAUUCUGUUCCAGCACACGGGGACAUCAGUGAUGCAAGGAAAUGGAACAUGGUAUCUGAUGAUGCUGCUUACACUCAAGGUAAUAAUUUUUCUAGUAUGUAAGGCUUUCAAUUUUUAA